AUGAAGUAUAGGGUAGCAGCACUUGAUUUGGCAUAUGAUGCAUCGUACCGCAAGCGUUCCACGAAACGGGGCAAGAAGCCUGCAAAGGGCCAGCUAUUUGAUCUUUUGAGUCCGUCAGGAUUCGCUAUGGCCAUCAUGUCAUGCUUGGCAUGCGUCCAAGACAAUCAUGUCAUUGUCAUUGCAGUGGUCUGCAGUAGCUUUGUAUCCAUUAGCAGGGGAAGCACUGGCCGUUCAUACCUCAACCCGCUUGGCUUUCCGGACUGUGAUGCCACGAAGAUUGGCAAUCUUUUGGCCAGCAGGCUAGCUUUGCUUCUCUACUUGAUAGCAUCUCGAGGAGGUGUUUGGGUAGUAGAGCAACCAUCCAGCAGCCUUCUGUUUCGACACCCACGCCUUCGAGAAGCGUGCCGACGCAUGAAGGUGUUUCGCCAAAGCUGGUGGAUGAGACUCUACGGCGGCUUCACAUGUAAAAGGACAAAGGCAUGGAGCAAUAGCAGGUGGGUCUUUAACCUUGGCAUGGGGAAGAUGUCCCGUGCGAUCCGGGAUUCUGUUACAGAUCGUUUGGCUGUUUCUACGACAUGUGCGAAGACGGGACGCCGGGGCUACCAUGGAUCCAAAAAGCUCAAAAACAGCCAGGUCUAUCCAGCAGCUUUUGGAAUGAAGCUGGCAAUGAUAUAUCCUGCCCUGGUUGAAGACCUGGUUCGUUCCUGCCCUCUGGAACCUUCAACCGAUGAAGAGGUGGUGGACGACAUGAUGGCAGAAGCCAAUUGGCACCUGCAUUUUGCAGACCUUUGGAACGAUGCCCAUAUGGGUGAUCUUUGUUUGUACCUCCUCAAAAAGAUUCCCACGAGCAAGACUCCUGACCAUGUACAAACUUUGGUCACGGCAAUGCCAUGGGAAGACUUUUGGUCUGAACCAAUGCCUGGACAACCUAGCACCUAG